CCGCCCUUAUCACCCCCUAAACCCUUCGAAGGAAGACCCAAAAUCCCUGACUGCGCAGCUCUCGUUCUUCUAUUCUUCUCCGUCUCUGUUACCGGCGGUCGGCGUUCAAGGGCGAGCAUCGAAGGAGAAAACUCCAAAUCCUCCCCUUGCUCCCUUCCUCUUCUCCGUUUCUCUUCCCAUCGAGGGAGAUUGCAGCGGCGGGAGGGCAUUUGCAGCGGCCUUGUUCGUCUUCUCCUUCUCUGUUCGGCCAUCGAGUGUGGGUUGAAAGCUGAAACUGAAUCAAACCUGAAUCACCCCAUGCCCCUCUAAGUGGAACAAAACAGUGAAACCAGGUAUUUAUCUUGUUACAAAAUGGGGAAACUUGGCAAGAAGGCCAGGAAGUUCGCAAAGAAGAAUCUUCAAUCUGUGCUUAAAAGAAAUCGGAAAUUAAAAGCUACGUUCAAACGAAAAAGCUCGUCGAGAGAUAAAGGUGAUAAAUCUGAUGACCAAUUUGGAUCCAUUACUGACCUGUCCAAUGGAAGAAACUCUGAUGGUGAAGCUUUUGGAGAUGCUUCUCUUGAUGCCAUAUUCAGUGAAUUUGAUAGUGACACCAUGGAAGAUGCUUCUGACAGUGAUGGAUUUCUCUCUGAGGAUGCGAGCUGCCCAUACUUUGCUGAUAGUGAACAUGAGAAUGAUUCUGAAGACGUUGGUGGUCAUAGUGCAUUAUUGGGACAUAACAAAGAAAUUCACUUGGAACUUGCCAAGCAAAAGAAGAAACUGGAUAUUUUAAAGAAAAAGGAUCCAGAAUUUUCAAAAUUUUUGGAAAGCUAUAAUGAAGACCUUGAGCAAUUCAGUGGCGAAGAGUCCGAUUCUGAUGUUGAAGGUGAGAAAAAUGAUCAAGGUAAUCAGGAAGCAGGUGAAGAUUGCUCAAAUUUAAGUGAUGGCAAGCUUUUCACUAGCUCUACUAUAGAUAUUUGGUGUCAACUGGUCAUGGAGCAGAAUAACACUUCUGCUCUUCCUAAUUUACUAAAUGGGUAUCGCACGGCCUGCCACUAUGGAACGGAUAGCAUGGAUGCUGAGUUGUCUUGGAGAAUUCAGAAGAGCAAUACUUUCAGCAAGAUACUGAUGUUCAUGCUUUGUGAGGCAGAUGGUAUAUUCAGAAGACUUCUGGGAAUCUCAAGUGCAAAUAGCAAGAAAGAGAACAUUUUGGAGUUGAUGAAGAAUUCAAAAUGGAAAACAGCAAAGCCACUGAUUAAGUCUUAUUUGAGAAGCACACUUUUCCUUUUGAAUCAGGUCACCAAUUCUGACAUACUGGGCUUUGUGAUAACUCGCCUCAGAGCAUCUAUUAUUUUCUUUCCUGCUUUUCCAUCUUUGCUAUGGAGACUCAUCAAGGUUUCAGUUCAUUUGUGGGCAACUGGGGGAGGCACUCUUUCACAAUCCUCAUUUCUCAUCAUGCGGGAUGCAGCUCUGUUACAAUGUUCAGACUGCUUUGAUACCUGCUUGGUUAAAGCAUAUAGGGCCUUUAUUGCAAACUGUAAGUUUGUGGAGCCUGCUAAUCUUCAACACAUACAAUUUCUUGGUGAUUCCCUUGUCAAGCUUUGUUCAGAGGAUGUGCAGAAGUCAUACAGCUGGGCAUUUGUCACUGUCCAACAGCUAGCGAAGAUAAUGCAGCACAGUUUUAAAACAAAGAGGAAGGAAGCACUGAAGAAGUUAUCUAACUGGCAGUACAUUAACUGCAUUGAUCUCUGGGUCAAGUUUAUAUCCACAAACAUUAGAGAUCAUGACAUCCAGCCGUUGCUUUAUUUGAUCAUUCAGGUUAUAAGUGGUGUUGCUCACCUUUUUCCUGGGCCACGAUACUUUCCGUUGAGACUGAAAUGCAUACAAAUGCUCAAUCAUCUUUCCAUUUCUAGCGGGGUUUUUAUCCCUGUCUCAUCAUUAUUGCUUGAUUCUCUGGAAUAUGGUAGAACUGGCAAGGCUGAUGUGAGACAUGGAAAGGCUUUCAGCUUUUCAUCUAUCCUGAAGGUGCCAAAACAGUGGUUCAAAUCACUGAAGUUCCAGGAAGAGUGCAUCUUUUCUGCCAUUGAGCUACUCUCAGCGCACUUCGCUCAAUGGAGCUAUCACAUAUCCUUCCCUGAACUGGCAACAAUUCCUCUGAUCCGCUUGAGAAAAUUUCUUGAGAAAACAACUGCUGAAAGCUUAAGACGUCCAGUGCAACGUUUGAUGGAUCAGGUUGAUCAGAAUGUUGAAUAUGUGCAAAAGAAAAGAAAUGAGGUUGCAUUUUCACCAAAAGACGGGGAAUCUGUGCAAUCAUUCCUUCAGCUUGAGAAGUGUAGUGGAAAUGCACCUUUUACUCAAUAUUAUAUGAGCAUUAUGAGAAAAUCUUUCCCAAGACAUGGUCAUGAAGAAAAGAUAAGUGUGCAGAACCAGAAAGAAUCAAGAAAGAAACUAUUGCAGACUCAUGAGCACGCGAUGGAUGUCAGCAGUAAUGGUGAAGUUUUAAAGAACAAAAAUGUGAAUUCAGUUAUCAAUGGGAGGAAAAGGAAGAAGCUGAGAACUUGAUUGUGGAAUUGGAAUCAAGAAAGAAACUAUUGCAGACUCAUGAGCAUGCAAUGAAUGUCAGCGGAAAUGGUGAAGUCUAAAGAACAAAAAUGUGGAUUCAAUUAUUAAUGGGAGAAAAAGGAAGAACCAAAGAACUUGAUUGUGGAAUUGGCCAGGCUAGAGGUUUCAAUGUGUUGUCUUCCAAGAUGUCUGAGUUAAAUCUCAAGCCACAAGAUUUUCAUCCAUAAUCUCUUUGUGAGGCCAGGGCUGUGGUUAUCUUUAUUGCUAUGUUUGUGCUUCUUUGCACCUUCCUGGUUUAAUUUUCUGAAAAUGAAUUUGCUGCUCUUGUUUUGCAAGAGAAUGGAACAAUUUUGAAUGUUGGUAAACCAGAAUUUUUUUAUUAACUCCACCCAUGCCCAGCCAAUGGGAGCUGGAUACAGGGGGCCCAUGUAUCAGGGAGGUGAGAGGGGUCAGGAUGAGACGGAUUUAUAGGCAAUUUGCACAGCCUUUUCCUUAA